AUGGCUGAGAUGCGGAAUUCAAAACUACUCCAGGCUAGUCGCGGGCUUCCUGACAUUCCUUUCUUUCGCAGACUGCUUUUUCUUGCCCAUGAGGGUGACCAUACUGUCAUCAAUGAUAUCGAAAGUGACAUACAGGCGUCUCCUUCUCGACUUCUCCAUGAUACUCUUCUCUAUCGCGAUAAGCUUCGAGAACUCAUUGGCCCAGCGGCCCUUGAUAAACAAGGUAUAGUCCGUAAAAAUCAUUUUUUCAUUAGUAUCCUUGCCCCUGGAACCUAUGAAUUCAUGGUAGCUCUGUGUGCAAUUAUUGCUGUUGGCGCAGCCGCCAUACCACUUGCAACAACACUCCUUCCAGAAGAGGUGCUUUAUUUCCAUGAAAAAUUCGAUUCUACUUUGAUCUUAACGGGUUCAGGUGAAUCAGAACUUAAUCAUACUAUCCGAGAGUACUUGAAGGGCACCGAUGUUGGAGCAAAAACUGUUCCCAUUCAGCUCCCAUCCUAUCACACGGAACCGGUGCAUUUGUUCAUCAACCAGAAUGUUUCAUUCAAUCCGGAGCGUCCGGCUCUAGCGCUCUUUACCUCGGGGACCACAGGACCCCCUAAGGGCCUUGUUCACUCCAUUCGAUACUUCAAUGCCUUUGUUCGCGAUCUGGGCAGCCCAAAGGACGUGCUCUUGUUCCGAAGACCAAUUCAUAAUGGAGUUGGCGUCACUGAUGUUUUGCGCUAUAUGUUGCGCGGCAAUCGGGUGGAUAUGAUGGAUUGCGACUCUAGCCCAGAACGCGUCUGGAAGUACCUGCAGCAAGAAGAAGUGACGAUUCUCACAGGUUCACCAAAUUUCUGGGUUCAAAUAAAGGAAUACUUCGAAACUGAGAUCCGCAGGGGUCCUCCAGAGACCUUACGAAAGUGCGAGAAAGCCCUUCGAGCACUCCACACUACAAGAAGUAGUGGAACAUUGACAAUGCCGUCCACUAAACAGUUCUACCGGAAACAAAUGGGCGGGCGAGCCUUCGUUAUUCGAUUCGGAACCACGGAGAGUGGACCUAUAGGGCUGGAAACAUCACUUGAUGACCAAGAUGAUCAUUCUCAUAUCAUAGGCAAACCAUUACCUGGGGUUGAGGCCAAAUUAGCCCAAGGGGAUCAUAGUGAGCUAUUGAUUAGAACCCCAACAAUGUUCAUUGGCUAUUGGAAUGACGAGAAAGCAACGCACGCUGCAUUCGACGAUGAUGGCUUUUACAGGACUGGUGAUCAAGCUUAUAUGCAAGGGGACAAUUUUGUGAUCGAGGGCCGUACCAAAGAGGACUUUAUAAACUGCGAUAGCUAUAAAGUCCCCAUUUUCGAGGUUGAGACUGCCAUCUCCGGAUUGCCGUACAUUUCAGAAUCACACGUCCUGCCGGUAACUGAUUCUCGGCUGGGACACCGUGUAGCAGCCAUUGUGGCCUACCGCACGAUGCCUGAUAUUGCUCCCAACAAAACCUUAGAGUCCCUCAGAAAAGACCUGUCCGGGUUAUUGCCAACCAGCAAGCUACCCACAAUGUUGCGUGUUUUGGGUGACGGCGACCCUGUUCCGCGUAAUUCCGUGGGGAAAGUAGUGAAGCGGAAGCUUAGAGAAGCAUAUUUUCCGGAAUCCGAUGACCCGUUAUCAGAUAAAAUGUCACCAGAAGUCCAGAUUUGUGAUUUCUACUCAGAUGCUGUCGCACGGCCACCCAAGUGUUGGGAUUGGGCUGGAUUGAACUGUUGA